CCAAUCGACAUCGUACAGAUAAUCGCGUGGAAGAAUGGCGUGAUGCGACGACGUGUACUCACACAGUACUCAACGCUUCGUAGUAUUAUUAUGACGGACGGGCGGCUGCCGAGAGUGAGCGCUCGCUGCGUGAAACAAACGUGAGGGUCUCGCGCGACCGCGAACCGGAUUCUCGUGGGGAUUUCGCACGGACCUCCCGCGGGACUGUGGAGCGAAGAAAUGAGCAUCUCUCGACGAUCGUAGCGGGAUCUGCGUGAUUACGAUCUCUCGCUAAAGAUAAAAUAUGGCUGAGAAUAGGCCGAUAGAAGAGACAGCGAGCGGACAUUGUGACUCGAGGAUGCCACACAUACUGACGUCGGAUGAAAAUGAAAAUGGACAAAUUCAAGAAUCGCCAAGCGGUACCCGGUACACCCUGGCCGGUAUAAACCCUGGGACGGCGUUUAAUUUUGGUGUUAGAACGGCGGAACGCUCUAGAAUAUUUGCGGGUAAUAUCUCCUCCACCAUUCAAGGGAUUCGUCCUCUUAUACAACAGGCAGCGCCCAACAUAACGUUGACGUCGCUCUUGGCCAUUCACGGACUCCGGAAUCAAGUCCAACCAGUCACGUUACCGAGCGAUAGCUAUGUGAUCAAUCUAGAAGAGCCCGUAACGAAUGGUCCCAGUUCUCACGAUGAACCCCGCAACCAUCGUCAUCAUCAUCACACAGCGUCGACAAUGCCGAACAGUUUAUCGAGUAACGCGCAUGAGGCUGCGAACGAAGUUGCCGAAAACCACAAUAAUGCAGAAAAUACUGCUAACGGCAACGUCCAGAUAGGCCCGGAGGCUCGGGCGUUGCUGAAGCAUCUUCAACAAUACGUUCCCUUUGUCAUUAUUCUUCUCGCCAAGAGUCUGUACGAUCACCGGGCCGGGAUACUCACGUUCAUUGUACUGCUCGUCACGUUCAUUCACGCUAACAAUGACCUCAAGCGCGAGAUUGCCAAGCAGCACAAUCGGAGUUGGUCGUUGCUCACGUUGAUUCUGUGCUACAUCACCGCCUGUAUCGUGUUCGUCGUUUACACAUUUAAUUUCUACACUCUCGCUCCUUACGCCGAACCGCUCACAAUCUGGGACUUGCUUUGCUACGUCACGGUGAUGGACUUCUUCCUUAAACUCAUCACCAUCGUCUGCAAAGUUCUCUUGACUUGCCUGCCGGUACGAUUAUUGGCGUUCCAGAAUCGGGGAAAAUAUUAUCUCAUGGUAGAAGCGAUGUCGCAACUUUAUCGAUGCGUCGCGCCUGUUCAGCCGUGGUUGUAUUACCUGCUCGAAACGUAUCAAGGUCCAGAGAAGAUUGUGGGAAUUUUCUUCUCGAUAAUGUAUACAAUGAGCAAGGGUAGCGAUCUACUAUCGCGUCUUAAAUUGCUCCGCACCGCUGGGUGGAAACUGUUCCAAAACGUGAGCCUUGGAGUGUCUCCGUCGAAGGAACAGCUGAUUGCAUCCGGCGGUAUAUGUGCCAUUUGCCAUGAAGAAUACACCACACCGGUUAGACUUCAUUGUAAACAUAUUUUCUGUGAAACAUGCGUCUCGACGUGGCUCGACAGAGAGCGAUCGUGUCCCCUGUGUCGCGCGUCCAUCACGGAUGAUCCGAUUUAUCGGGACGGCCAUACAACACACUUCAUUCAAUUGUAUUGAUUCCGCCAAAUAUUAUCUCUUUAGAGAUAAUUUUUUGUACAGUUUUUUAUUACUGUGUGAAAAUGUAAGAGCUUCUGUUAACGGCAAAUGUUUUCCAUCAUUACGGUAUUUUCCAUUAUUUAACGUAAUCGAAUAUCUUCAAAUUUUUAUAUCCUUUGGGUUAUUUUAGACAAAACUUCAAUAACAAAUAAUAUCUUUUAGUAAAACCAAAUGCAUUGACAAGAUGCUUACAUUGAAGAAUUGUACGUUUAGAUAUGUAAAAUAUGUUGUAUAUACAUGGUCAUAUUUAGGAAUUUUAUAGCGUUAAAUUGAAAGACUCAUGAUAAUAAGGGUCAAGAACUGAGAAAACAUGGAUUCCUUCAUAAAAAUAAAAUCGUCUUUUACGGGUAAUUCAAGAAGCAUUUAAAUAGAUUAACUCAGAUAAAUUAAAAUUUAGACCUAUUCAGUUAUUCUUUAAUCUUAAUCAAUUAAUUUUCUCGGAUUUCUAUUUUGCAUAUAUGUAUAUUUU